AUGAAGAUCUCGGCCUCGGUCCUCCUCGGCUCCGCCGCCGCCGCCGUCGUCCUCGCGGCCCCGCUCCCCUCCCCGAGCCCGCCCGGCAUCCCCAACGCGUCCACGGCCAGGACCCUGCUGGCUGGCCUCGAGGUUGCCGAGCCCGGCAGCGGCGACGGCUACAGUCGGAAGCAGUUCCCCCACUGGGAGGAGAUCAGUGGAACGUGCAACACGCGCGAGUUUGUGCUGAAACGAGACGGCGCCAACGUCAAGACCAACGGCGCAUGCAGAGCCGUGUCGGGAACUUGGAAGAGUCCCUACGACGGCGCCGUCUUGACCGAUGCCAGCGACAUUGACAUCGAUCACAUGGUCCCGCUGAAGAAUGCCUGGAUUUCCGGUGCCUCGUCGUGGACCCUCGAGCAGCGCACGUCCUUUGCCAACGACAUCACCCGCCCGCAGCUGUGGGCCGUCACCAACCACGUCAACCGGGCCAAGAGCGACUCGAGCCCCGACGAGUGGCAGCCGCCGCUCAAGAGCUUCCACUGCACCUACGCCAAGAGCUGGGUCCAGGUCAAGAGCUACUACGAGCUGGCCGUGACCGACGACGAGAAGAGCGCGCUGUCCGGCAUGCUCCGCACGUGCUGA